AUGCCCGGAGCAUUUAAAACUGGGCGCCAGCUUAAGCUGAUGCUGCGGGAACCCGCAUCUGUUGGUAACCUACCAACCACCCUCACGGAGUUUGGAAAAGUCUACGGCAAAAAGUCCCACCAAGUAUCCGAGUUCCGGGGAAAAGUGCUCGCUCAUAAUGGUGCGAAGCUUAACAAGCCAACAUUGACUUUCCCCGUAUACGUUCAGCCGGAUUUCUCCCACUCAAAAAUGGAGGAAAAGGUGGAAUGGGUCAUGUCCCUUGACGACAUCAAUCAUUAUACGCCUACUGUCCUCAUUUGCGAGGUCCAUGAUCGUAGGGAGCAUAUACAAUACAUUGGGAUGCCUCCAAAGGAGGGGAUUAGGAAGGGCCCAGUCUCCAAAUCGCAGCGGGUCAGGAAUGAGAUAUUUCCUGAAAUCAUAGAAACAAUGAGCGAUUCCGAAGGCAUCGAACCUAUAUUUCGAUAUUUGCGAGGCCUCUCUUCAGAAAAACAUGGUGAAAGCUUUGGUUGCGACGCAGACUAUCUCAAAGCCAGCGAAACGGCUACCCCACUGGCCAUAUACUCCUGGGAGCUUGGGGUACACCUUCCAUCGCUUCUCAUGGAGCGCCUUCUUGCGACUCACCGGUUGGAGCUUGCUUUGAAAGUGGCGAAGUCCAUGUACGAUUACAGCCGUACAGAGAAUGAACGCUGGACCUUCCCACUGUUCCAGAAGAAAGAAAUGCUUGAGAGCGCUGACGCCACAGUACCUCCAAGUGCAAACAUACAUGCCUCCGCUCGCAAAAAUCCGGUAGCAUAUGUGAAGCGCAUUGCCUUGAAGUAUAUCGAGAUUCUGGUGGGCCUCGGUGAUCAGCAUUUUCGCCACGAUACGCUCGAAAGCAUUCCCCUAGCCCUUGAGAGGUAUAUUGAAGCAUCAGAAGCGUUCAGCACACUCUCGGGUGUACUCGAAGUUCAAACGUCUCCAAGAGCACAUAACACCAAACCCAUACUAACCUACAGCAAAGUUGAAGAAGAACGUAAAAAGGCAUCAUCAUGGUUACUUGAGGAUGGCGGGUUCCACAAGGCUAAGGAUACAUUGCGUGCUUCACUGCACCAACUUAUAGAAGAUCGACUCUACAAAAUUAAAAAUGGGCUUGACAUCAAUGGUCGUAAGCAAAGACUCGCACUUUUUGCUCCUCCGCUUGAUCCCGGUGCGCUGGCUCAGGCUAGGCCAGCAGCUGGGGGAAUUGCAGGCCUCCUGUCCGGCAUUGAGAGCCCGAUGCCAACCCACCGAUUCGAUUAUUUGAUUCGUCAUGCCCUUGAUAUUGUGAGCCAUUUUCGAGGCCUUGAGCAGCAACGUCUUAACAUCAGAGAGAAAAAGGAUGCCGAAAGCCUAGUCGCUCUUCGAUCUCGUCAUCAGUGUACCGUCCUUGCGCUGAUCAAUAAAGUAAGGGAACACGAGAAGCAAAAGGCACUCAAAGCCCUUGAUGCUAUCAGUGUAUCACGCACUCAGCAUGAAAAAGCCAUGGAUUACUAUCUUCAACUCACUGCCGACAAAGGCGGUGUCAAAGUUCCCAAGGUCGGUGAGUCAUGGAAAGAGGUGCCUCCAGAGAUCCAUACAAUCAAAGGGGAUAACCCAAUGUCUCCAUUCGAGAAAGAGGAAUUAGAUAAGUCUGAAAAAGCAUCCGAUCUCUAUCUAGCUGCGGGGGUGGUCAGUGCACUUGGUGAAGUUCUUGCCGCCAUACCGGAGUUUGGGGCAAAGGUGCAGCCGAUGGGUGCAGGUGUCGACAGUUCUACAGGCGGAAGUCUUUUCUCCCGAAUAUGCAACAUCCGUACGGUUGGUCUGAGCAUCGCGGCCCAACGCAUGCAGGAGGAAGCCAUGCAGGCCGCACGAAAGGGUGCGCUGAGCCGUGCUUUUCAAGAGCGCCGACAGGCUAUCAAUCAAAUUGGCUGGGAGCUGAUGCGGCUUGACAAAGAAAAUCGCAGCUACAAGCUAGAUGCGAUAUACGGUCCGCCAUUCAAAGGGUUGACCGAUUACUGGGAGCAAUCUCCCGACGGACAGCUUGCCGGAGAAUCCUUGUAUCUCGACCUUAAACGCAUGGAGAUGUUACAUAUGGGCAACCGUAGUCAUGACUUUGAGAUUGUAAAACACAUCUCAAUUCGACAGCUUAAUCCAUGUGCCCUCCUCCAAUUGCGCGAGCAGGGCAAAACCGAUUUCGAACUACCUGAGGUCAUCUUCGAUAUGGAUUUUCCCGGCCACUAUUGCAGGAGAAUUGCGUCUGUGGGGAUUUCAAUUCCCUGUAUUCUGAAUGCUUACACGUCGCUCAAUUGCACCUUGAGCUUGUUAGAACACAAAUAUCGAGUUUCGCCGACUGGCAGCCCAAAUGGCUUCUACGAGGAGAAGAACGAACAGAACGUGUUUCACAGGGACAGUAUCCCCAUCAGUGCUAUAGCAGUCAGUAACGGCUUACAUGACACCGGCGUCUUCACUCUCGAAUUUGACCGACAAUCACGGUACGGACCUUUCGAAGGGGCUGGGGCUAUUUCAAACUGGCGUCUUGAAUUUCCUUCGCAAUUUCGGCAUUUCGACUAUAACACAAUCACAGACGUUGUCAUUCACCUCCACUAUACCGCCGUAGAUGGUGGAGAGCAGUUUGCUGGGACGGCUGCCAGCGCGGCAAAACAAUGGGUUAGUGAGGCGAAAGGAUCUGCAUUUGCCGUUGAUUUGAAGACGGAGUACCCUGAUCAAUGGCGGCAGCUAGGCCGGGAAGGUAGGAUGGCCCUUCCAGAGCUUAAAAUUGUCUACUCUCGAACUCCUGGUGCUUCCGAAGCCGAAGGAGACCUCUAAUCCUGUCACAGUAGGUGUUGGGGAGGCUAGCAUUGAAUUGACUCACAAUCAAAGAACUUGGAAAGAGUAUGGGCACUUUGAAGGGAAGGUACCUUCCACCGACUUUGAGUCGGUAUGGAGCAUUAAGGGGUUGAAGGACGAAUCUUUCAGUCAAGGGUGGCUCUUGGUCAAUUCACCUCCACAGUCGUACCUUCCCAGUGAAGCUGAGAUGUCAU